AUGUGGUGUCAGUGUCUAGUUCAGUUUUGGGGUUUAGUGAAGACUGGGGACAAAACGCAUCUGACAACUUGUGACCUGCCUUUUGCUCUCCAAUACUACCCCUUCAAUGGUUCCCCUGUGGCCAGCCUUUUGAAACUAUGUGAAUAUAGGAAGCACUGCCUGGAGUACUUAAUACCCGUCGAUGAAGAUGAUGAUGGUGAUGAAGUCCAGCUUAUAAUUGGUCCCCCUGGUCGGGUGUUCCGCAGUGGGUUGCCUGAAUAUGCAUGGAAUGUGGGUGAGUACACUAGCAGAGAGUAUCCUCAACGUGAUUAUGCAGUCGGCCGUGUCAUGAGAUACUGGGCGUUGCCAAUCUAUCAUCAUCCUACUCGGCACCUCCCCAUUGGUGUACUGGAAAUUGUAUCACCAUCUGAUUUUAUCGGAUUACCUCGAUAUCGGGUUCUGGAGAAUCUUCAGAAUCUACUACUGGCGGUGAAUCUGACAACUACUUGUGUAAGCCUCCUCACGGAAGUAAAUUCAUGUCAACGUGGAGAAAUUGCUAUAAUUGACGAAGCAUCGAGCAAGGUGAGGAAAAUAUGUGGACUGGGUUAUGGCGUUACUAAAACUUGGACUAUUUCUGGAGAAAUACUAAGUUCUCAUGGUGGCGUAGAUUUUAUUCAGAAGGGACAAGGGGUAGUUGGAAAAGCAUUUUCAUCCAAAAGUGCAUGCUUUUGUAGGGAUAUAAGACAAUUAAGCAUAACAGAGUACCCGUUGGUACCCAAUGCACGAUACUGGAAGAGCUCUACCUGUUUUGCAGUUUGUUUGCAGAGCUCUUGCUCGAACAAUUGCACUUAUGUACUGGAGUUCUUUAUACCUACGUAUGAAAAACACUCCUUUGGGGAUCUUAGGACAUUGUUGAACAGCCUAAUGGAGUCACUGAAAGAACGCCUCGGAAGUUCUUUUAAGAUUGCUUCAGGACAAGAAUUGGGAAAGAAAUUGGCCGUUGAGGUUAUAAAGGUCUCUCCAGAGGAUGAAUUUGAUUCUUUUGAAAUCUGCAGUACUACUGGUAUCGAAUCUACUCCUAGGCUUGGAGAAGUACAAGGAGGAGAAGGAAUGAUGCAACUUGAUUUCUCGUCUCAACAAGUUGAUGCUGAAAAUGGUUCUAUGAAUGGUAUCCAUAAACAACAGAAUGGAAGUGUUGGAUCUACACCUAGGCUUGCAAAAGCACAAGGAGGAGAAGGAAUGAUGCAACUUGAUUUCUCAUCUCAGCAAGUUGAUACUGCAAAUGCUUGUAUAAAUGGUGUCCAUGGACAGCAGAAUGGGAUUGUUGGAUCUCCACCUAGACGAGAGCCCACACAGGACUUUAUCAACAUAUCAUAUCAAGAAUUAAAUCUUGCAGGAGUUGAUGUUGCGCACAAUUCUAUGGAUGGUAUUUAUGAACAGCAAAAUGGAAUUGUCAGAUCUACAACUAGCCAGGAGCUCGUGCAAAACAUGGUCAGCAUAGCACAUGAUGAACCAAUUGUGGAGGAUCCUGAAAGAGAUGAUGCCAUUAUAGAACAGAGUGGCAAUGAAGUGACUAAUUUAAAAAUGCAAGAGCCUAGUUGUACUUUAAAAAGCGACCUUGGAAUUACUCGUGAGGUUCUUGAACAAAAUUCUAUGCGGAAACUUGAAGAUGCUGCAAAAAAUAUUGGAGUCAGUCGAUCUACAUUGAAACGUAUAUGUAGAGAGUAUGGUAUUGCCAGAUGGCCCCCUCGUAAAGAAAGAAAGGUUAACCAAGUCUUUGCUAAACAAAAAGUUGUUCAACCCGCUACUGAAUAUAUUGAAGAAAACCACCAGUCAGAUGCAACAAGGCUAGAAGAUGAUAUCAGCAUGUGGGUGAUCAAGGCAAAAUAUCAAGAGGACAAGAUAAAAUUUGAACUUUCAUCUUCUGCCCGUAAAAUUGAUCUGGAGAAGAACAUUGCACAACGAUUCAAUCUAUCCCUUGGAAGUUUUAAAAUUAAGUAUCAGGAUGAACUUAAUGACUGGAUUUUGAUAACCUGUGAUACAGAUCUGAGUUUUUGUAUGAAAACACUAAGCAAACUAGGUUAUAGGUUGUCCCAUAAAUUGCUCAACAUACAAUUAAAUCUUGUCAGCUAG